UGCGCGUGGGGCAGGCGGGGCCAGGCGGCGGGGAGUGAGCCUUCCAACCCCUCGCAGCCACUGCAGGGCGCCGCCGCCGCAGGCUCGGGCUGCACCAUGAAGCUGCACCUCCUGUGCUGGGCCCUGCUGCUGCUCGCGACAGCCCCCAGCCCCGGCCCCUGGCUCGCAGCAGUCUCCUCCCUCAGCCCCUGAGCCAUCACAUCCUCAGUCAAUAAAUACUUAUGGACACUCGUGAGGGCCACUUCCUGCACUGGAUGAAGUGAGGCCGCCGGUGUGGCUCAGGCCUGGCCCUCGACUGGCUCCCUUCAUGGGGUGCGGCAGGGAGGUGCCAGGUGCCCAGGGGAGCUGCUCCCAGCGCUGCGGGGACCGGGCCGGGCCAUGCUCCUGCCACCCCACCUGCUUCGGCCUGGGCACCUGCUGCUCAGACUUGCGGGACUUCUGCCUGGAGGUCUCGCCCUACUCAGGCUCCAUGAUGGGUGGCAAGGACUUCGUGGUGCAGCAUCUCAAUUGGCUCAAACCCACGGAUGGCGUGAUCUGCAGCUUUAAGGAGGGCAUCCAGACCCGUGGCCACGUGGACGCUCUUGGACGUGUGCACUGUGUGUCGCCCUUGCUCUACGAGACUGGCCGCAUCCCGUUCACGCUCUCCAUGGACAAUGGCCGCUCCUUCCCUCGCUCGGGGACCUGGCUGGCUGUGCACCCCAGCAAGGUGUCCGAGGCAGAGAAGAGCCAGCUGGUCAAUGAGACACACUGGCAAUACUACGGCACUGCCGGCUCCGAGGGCAACCUCACCAUGACCUGGAAUGCAUCAGCUCUGCCCACACGGUCUGUCGGCAUCGAGCUGUGGGGCUACGAGGAGACAGGGAGGCCAUACUCUGAGGAGUGGACAGCAAGAUGGUCAUACCUGUACCCCUUGGACACAAACAUCCCCAACUCUGGCUUCUUCACCUUCACUCCAAAACCUGCACCUCAGAACUACCAGAGAUGGAAAGUGGGUGCGCUCCGGAUCAUCAGCAGCAACUACGGCUCAGGGGAGAAGGAUGUGCACGCGCUCUGGAGCAACGAGCACGCGCUGGCCUGGCACCUGGGUGAUGACUUCCGGGCAGACCCUGUGGCCUGGGCCCAUGCUCAAUGCCUGGCCUGGGCGGAGCUGGAGGACCAGCUGCCCAACUUCCUGGAGGACCUCCCCGAUUGCCCCUGUACCCUGGCCCAGGCCCAGGCUGACUCCGGCCGCUUCCAUACAGACUACGGCUGCGAUGUGGAGCAUGGCAGCGUGUGCACCUACCACCCGGGGGCCGUGCACUGUGUGCGCUCCGUGCAAGCCAGCCCCCGGUAUGCCUCAGGCCAGCAGUGCUGUUACACAGAGGCCGGCACGCAGCUGCUGACGGCGGACUCCACCAGUGGAAGCACCCCGGACCGCGGCCACGACUGGGGAGCGCCCCCGUUCCGGACACCGCCCCGCGUGCCUGGCCUCUCCCACUGGCUCUACGACGUCAUCAGUUUCUACCACUGCUGCCUCUGGGCGCCCGAGUGCUCCCGCUACAUGAGUCGGCGUCCCUCCAGUGACUGCCGUGGCUACCGGCCUCCGCGCCUGGCCUCUGCUUUUGGGGACCCACACUUUGUCACCUUCGAUGGUGCCAACUUCACAUUCAACGGGCGUGGCGAGUACGUACUGCUGGAGGCGGCUCUGACGGGCCUGAUGGUGCAGGCCCGCGCCCAGCCCAGGACACAGCCGAACGGCACGCAGGACCGAGGCACGGGGCUGACAGCCGUGGCCGUCCAGGAGGGCGACUCAGACGUGGUGGAGGUGCGGCUGGCCAAUGGGACUGGGGCCCUGCAGGUGCUGCUGAACCAGGAGGUGCUCAGCUUGGCCGAGCAGAGCUGGGUGGACCUGCGGGGUAUGUUCCUGUCGGCAGCCACCGGGGACAGCAUAUCCAUCAUGCUGUCAUCAGGGGCUGGCCUGCAGGUCAGGAUCCGGGGUCCGUUCCUGAGUGUGGCGGUCCUGCUGCCUGAGAAGUUCCUUACGCACACUCGAGGCCUUCUAGGGACGCUCACUGAGGACCCUGCAGAUGACUUUGCUCUGCGCAGUGGGGAGGUCCUGCCCCCCAGCGCCAGUUCCCGAGAGCUGUUCCGCUUCGGGGCUGACUGGGCGGUGAAGAAUGACUCCUCUCUGCUCACCUAUGACUCCCCGUUCCUGGUCAACAACUUCUUGUACCUGCCCAAGCAUGACAGCAACUUCCAGCCCCUCUUCCCGGAGGAGGCCACCCUCAGCCCCAGCCAGGCUGCCGAGGUGGCCAAGUUGUGUGGGGAGGACCGAUUCUGCAGCUUCGACGUGGCGGCCACCGGGCACCUGAGCAUGGGCAAUGCCACGAAGGUGGCCCACCAGCAGCACCUGCGCCACCUACACAGCUUGCAGCCAGUGGUGUCCUGCGGCUGGCUGGCCCCGCCCCAAAACGGGUUCAAGGAGGGCAUCCGGUACCUGAUGGGCUCCACCGUCCACUUCCACUGCGACAGCGGCUACAGCCUGGUCGGGGCGGAGGCCAGCACCUGCCUGGCCGACGGCACGUGGUCCGGGUCCACCCCGACUUGCCAGCCCGGUCGCAGCUACACGGUGCUGCUGAGCAUCAUCUUCGGGGGCCUGGCGGUCGUGGCUGUGGUCGCACUCGCCUAUGUGCUGCUGCGCCUCAGGAAGGGCAACACGUCCACCUGGAGGUCUCAGCCCUGAGGGGAGGGCGCUUGGCCGGCAGCCCAAAGUGCACAGGGGCAACCCGGGGGCCACACCCAACCUCUCAGGAGACCGCUCUCAACUCCCGAGAGCCUGCACUUCAGUACCUCGGUCCCCAAGUCCCCAGCACCAAUGCACCUGGGACCCAGAUACCUGAUGCCUGAGCCUUUAAUGCCUGAGGACCCGAGGCCUGGCGCCCUGCACUGUCACCUCAGCCUGGGCCUCCGGCUCUAAACCGUGCGGUUCCCUUGACCAGCUGUCUCUGUUCCCCAGAUACUUGCAGCUCUGCUUCCCCCAGACAGAGGCCCCAAACUCUUGAAUAGUAACGCCUGUCUUCCAAGCAUUUAAUGCUCCUGCACCAGAACGUACACCGCUGAUGCCUCAGAUCUAGUGUUUGGUGACUGUGACCUGACCCCUGACAUAGGAGAUGUAGUCUGGGAGCCCCAGUCCCCAGCUGCCUUGAUUCUCCACCCUGAGCCCAGCCCACAGGACCCGAAAGCAGAGAAUCACCCUGUGAGCUCCACGCAUGUACGUUGACCCUUAAACAAUACGGGUUUGAACUGCACGGGUCCACUUACACAUGGAAUUUUUUAAAUAACUAUACUAGAAAAUGUUUUGAAGAUUUGUGGCAAUUCGAAAAAUUUUAUUUUCUCUGUUUAUGUUAUUGUAAGAACACAGUAUAUAAUAAAAAUAACAUACAAAUA